UUCGUUAUUUUCUGAUUCGCAAGCUCCUUAUACUAAAGAAGCAUUUGACUAUACAGCUCUUCUUCAACUUCACACAUUUCACCUCCAAAAUUCUGCACUCUUCAAAUCUCUCCUAAAUCCUCAGAAAAAAAAAACAACCCAAAUUGUUAGGGUUUCAAUAAAACUCGUCAAAAUUCACUGAAUUGUUUUUGCAUUUUUCGUUUUUUUUUUUCCGAAUCGAAAUUGCGAAAAAUUGUGAUUCAAAUCGAGGAUCUCGAUGAAACUUAGGGUUGUUUUACUCUGUUUUCUUAUCCUUUCGUCGAAUUUCUGUCAUUUGCAAUCAGAGGAGGAACGCAAGAGUAACAAAUUCCGAGAACGAGAAGCUACUGAUGAUUCCGCUGCAUAUCCUAAUUUAGACGAGGAUGAGUUGCUGAAUACACAAUGCCCUCAGCAUUUGGAGCUAAGAUGGCAGCAUGAAGUUAGUUCUAGCGUGUAUGCCUCGCCUUUGAUUGCUGAUAUCAACAGUGAUGGGAAGCUUGAGGUUGUAGUUCCCUCUUUUGUUCAUUACUUGGAAGUUCUGGAAGGUUCUGAUGGAGAUAAACUGCCAGGUUGGCCAGCUUUUCAUCAAUCUACCGUUCAUUCUAGUCCUUUACUGUAUGACAUUGACAAGGAUGGAGUGAGGGAGAUAGGUUUGGCCACCUACAACGGUGAGGUGCUCUUUUUCAGGGUGUCAGGAUACUUGAUGUCUGAUAAACUUGAGAUUCCUCGGUUGAAGGUCAAGAAGAAGUGGUUUGAGGGUUUGAAUUCAGUCCCUGUGGACCGUUCUCAUCCGGACGUCCAUGAUGACCAAUUAAUCCAGGAGCAUCUGAUGGAAUUUGUAGCCCGUCAUAACGCAUCUAGUCAUGGUGGCAACCAUUCGGACUCUACAGCAUCCGCAGUUCACAACAAGACACUUUCUGUUCUGGAAGAAGUCCACCCUGAUGCAUCUAAUGCUUCAAUAUCUUUGCCAUCAGAAGUUUCAUAUGACAACUCUUCUAAUUUAGAGGAUCAAAAGUUAAAAAAUAACAGUCUAGGUGAUGCAGAAACUAUGCAAAAGGGAAAAAAUAACAGUCUAGAUGAUGCAGAAACUAACAUGGCUAACUUGAACAAUAGUAUUCUGAGUUCAGAAAAUGAGAAAAUUAGGAAUUUGGAGAAUGGAACCAAUACCAGAAGAAGGCUUCUUCAAAAUGAUGUGUCAAAAAGAUCUGAGGAAGAUGUUCAUGCUGCAACCGUGGAAAAUGAAGAAGGUCUAGAAGCAGAUGCUGAUUCAUCUUUUGAUUUAUUUCGUGACAGUGACGAACUGGCAGAUGAGUAUAAUUACGACUAUGAUGAUUACGUUGAUGAGCACCAAUGGGAGGAUGAAGAAUUUCAGGAGCCAGAACAUGAGAAAGCAGAAGAUUAUGUGGAUAUAGAUGCUCAUGUUUUGUGUACCCCUGUCAUAGCAGACAUUGAUAGUGAUGGGGUGUCAGAGAUGAUUGUUGCAGUUUCCUAUUUCUUCGAUCAUGAGUACUACCAAAAUUCGGAGCACUUGAAGGAGCUUGGAGAUGUUGACAUUGAAAAAUAUAUAUCUGGUGGUAUUGUUGUUUUUAAUCUAGAUACCAAGCAAGUUAAAUGGACUCAACAGCUGGACCUAAGUACUGACUCGGGGAAUUUCCAUCCCUACAUACACUCUUCCCCCACGGUUGUUGAUCUGGAUGGUGAUGGAAAUUUGGACAUUCUAGUAGGGACCUCUUAUGGCUUGUUUUAUGUCUUGGAUCACAAGGGGAAAGUGAGGGAUAAAUUUCCUCUUGAAAUGGCUGAAAUCCAAGGAGCAGUAAUUGCAGCUGAUAUAAAUGAUGAUGGCAAGAUUGAACUAGUUACUACAGAUUCGCAUGGCAAUGUUGCUGCUUGGACUGCACAAGGGAAAGAAAUUUGGGAAAAGCAUCUUAAAAGCCUUGUUCCACAGGGGCCUGCCGUCGGUGAUGUGGAUGGGGAUGGCCAUACCGAUAUCGUUGUUCCAACACUUUCAGGGAAUAUUUAUGUUCUGAGUGGCAAGGAUGGGUCUAUUGUACGCCCAUAUCCUUACAGGACUCAUGGUAGAGUGAUGAAUCAAGUUCUUCUUGUUGACUUGACCAAACGUGGGCAGAAGAAAAAAGGGCUUACAAUCGUCACUACAUCAUUUGAUGGUUACUUGUACCUCAUAGACGGACCUACAUCAUGUGCUGAUGUUGUAGAUAUCGGUGAAACAUCAUACAGCAUGGUCUUGGCUGACAAUGUUGAUGGUGGAGAUGACCUCGAUCUUAUUGUGACAACAAUGAAUGGCAAUGUCUUCUGUUUUUCGACACCUUCUCCGCACCAUCCCCUCAAGUCAUGGAGAUCACCAAACCAAGGGAGAAAUAAUGCUGCAUACCGAUUAGAUCGUGAGGGAGUCUAUGCCACUCCAUCAUCAAGAGUUUUCCGUGAUGAAGAAGGCAAGAGCUUUUGGGUUGAAAUAGAAAUUUUUGAUAAAUACAGAUACCCAUCUGGGUCUCAAGCUCCAUAUAAUGUCACGGUGAGUUUGUUAGUACCUGGCAAUUACCAAGGUGAUAGAACUAUUAAGCAAAAUAAGAUAUUUAAUCAACCCGGAAAACAUAGGCUUAUGCUCCCAGUUGUUGGUGUGAGGACUGCUGGUACAGUGUUGGUCGAGAUGGUUGACAAGAAUGGGCUAUAUUUCUCUGAUGAUUUCUCUUUGACAUUCCAUUUUCACUAUUAUAAGCUGUUAAAAUGGCUUCUCGUUCUUCCUAUGCUGGGGAUGUUUGGUGUGCUUGUCAUUCUUCGUCCUCAGGAGGCCAUGCCAUUACCAUCAUUUUCGCGAAACACCAAUCUCUAAUGUUGCAUUCACAUAAAAUACAGCACUUGUAACAGAAAUGAGGCAUCUUCUCCAGCUGGAACUUUGAACUGACAAACAGUGGAACGUUCAGCAGUUCAAGUAUGAGCAGAUGGAUGUUGAACUGUAUAGGAAAAGGGACAAUUGCCUUAGAUCCUGCCCGAGUCUGAAUUCUGAGUAUACAAUUCGAUUUGUGACAUUGUACCCUUCCCCAGGUGUAACAUACUGAUAAUUGUUGACACAUUCAAGUGAACAAUGAUUAUUUAUGUGACCACAAGUUUGUUCGAA